UAAUCAUAUUUCCGAUAACUAUCGUAACGUAAUUAUAAUAUUUCCGAUAACUAGUCGCGAGUCGCAGCACAAGUUACCUACAUAAUUACGUACAAGAUAGAAAAUAACAACUAGAUAUGAAUAAAAGUUCAACACCACGGAUAUUUGCAAGUAUAUUUAACGCAUCGUCACGGCGCUAUGCAACAGAGCCGACAACGCAAACACAGCCACGGCCAAAGAAGAAUCCUCCGGUGUACGUUGGUCUUACACAACCGCCAAAUCCACAGUCGGUGAACAGCGAUUAUAUUGGCCCACCGGAUCCGAAAUCUAAUCUACGGCCUUAUAUAUGGCACUACGAUGAAAAUGAAACAGAAAUGGCCAAGAAAUUACGUCUAUUGCGAAUUGAGGUUGAAAAGUGGAAUAUGGAGUUCUGGACAAAGCACAACAAACGCUUCUAUGAGGAGAAAGACGAUUUCGUACGUCUACACAAAUUAAAUGGGAAUGACGAAAUAAGCGCCGAUCAAAUGAGUGUUUUUUAUAAAACAUUUUUGGAUAAAAAUCGACGCAUACAUUUGAUGUACAACAUCUCAUGGUAUUUGAAAAACUUUGAUAUGCUAACCUUAGCAUUUGCAGUGCAGGUGCAAAAAUUACUAAAUCGCCGACGAAAAAAGGAGACGCGAUGACUACCUAUAAAUCCACUUACAUAUAGGUCCAGGCCGUUAUAUAGAUAGAAGUACAUCAGUUGUUAACUAUAAACAUAUACACAUAUUUGUAUAUAUAUAUAUGACAAUUUGGUGUAUGUACAUUAUGUUGAAAAUCGUUGGAAUUUAUGGAUAAGUUAAAUUGAUUUACAAAAAAAAGCAAAGUAUAUAUAUUAUAAAUAAACGAAAAAUCAUAUGUA